AUGACGAAGAAACUACCAUCUUGCUCUCUGACGUCCGACUUCGCGCCCUUUCCUUCAGUGGGCACCCUGACCUUGACGAUGAAGAACGACGAGUUGGGUGAAUUAUCGUCGCUCGUCAUGUAUUUGGGGAAAAUGGAUGUGUGUGGAAGGGCUGUGAUUUGGAAUUUAAAGAAAUCUAACGAGGAUUUAAUGGUUUUGCUGUUAAGUGGAAGGAUUGCCGCCGAAACUGAACCCGCAGAGCCAGAAGAUGAUGGCGUCGAGGGCCGCAAGGCGGGCGGCGAGGGCUGGUCCGUGUGGAGCUCCUGGAGCCCCUGUUCCCGGAGCUGCAACGGCGGAGUCACCUACUCGCUGCGGAAGUGCGAGCACAACGGAGCCUGCGAGGGCGACUCCACCAAGUACAGGAUUUGCAACAUGCAGGCAUGUCCGGACCCUACCCAGGACUUCCGUGCCGCCCAGUGCUCCGCCUACAACCCCGUGCCCUACAACAACCGCCUGUACGAGUGGCUUCCCUACCAGGACCCCGAGGACCCCUGCGGCCUCACCUGCCACGCCAGGGGACACUCCUUCGUCGCCAAGUUGGCGCCAAGCGUCAGGGACGGGACCAGGUGCAGGGACGGAUCCCUGGAUAUGUGCGUCGACGGCGAAUGCAUGGCGGUGGGCUGCGAUCUUCAGCUGGGGUCCGAGAAGCGGGUCGACGAGUGCGGCGUGUGCGGCGGCGACGGAUCCUCUUGCCGGCGGCCCCUCUACGUCUGGUCCAGGACCCCCUUCUCCCCCUGUUCUGUCUCCUGCGGAGGAGAAGGUGCAUCAUAUGCUCAUCGAAACCAUUCGCCACCAGGUGGCGCUGCAGAGUAG